CCAUUUAACAAAAAUAGAGUCAAAGAUGGCAAACAAAUAAAAGUAAAAAUAUAAAAAAUAAAACAGCUUGUUGUCUUGUCUUGUCUGAGUCCGAUUGACUGAGCGUCGAGCGAGUGCCGACGCCGAGAAUUACCUACUUUAAGCAACUCUAAUCUUUCCAUGCUCUAUCUAAAGCCUGUUGCUGUAUAUUUUCACGCAGUACUCGUCCACAACCGCUCAGUAACAAUCUGUUCACCUUGGUGGAAGUAUACUCGCACAUAUCGUUCUCCGUUCUCGUUCAACACUUCGUCUGGAAAUCGUGUUUCUUUAGUUUCGAAUUUCGAUUGUGGAUUUGGAUUUCUCCUCCGAGAUUGAUUUAAUUCAGUGGAUGAUAUUACUAUUGUCACGUAGCAUUCUUCUAAUUCCUUAAUUUAUACAUACGGAUUACAAACGGAACCUUUAUACCUGGAUUUCGAUACAAUUGGGGAAAAUAUAAAAUAGGGAACUAUUUUAUAUGAAUUAUUUUAUACUCUUUGGAUGGGUAUCAAAGGAAUGAAUAAUAAAAACAUCAGCAAAGAUUGCUUAGGUCUUCGUUUGCGAGUCAACGGCCUGCAUCAAACCUGGAAGUGGCUGCACCAAACCAUUGCCCUCCACGAAUACCUCAUCUCUGUCACUUCAGCAGAUUCUGCAAGAACAAAACAGCAAUCUUUUCCAAAUUUCUAGAUUAA